AUUGAUGAACUCCCUGAAGGAGCUGUGAAACCUCCAGCAAAUAAAUACCCCAUCUUCUUUUUUGGGACUCAUGAAACUGCGUUCCUGGGGCCCAAAGACCUUUUCCCAUAUAAAGAAUAUAAAGAUAAGUUUGGGAAGUCGAACAAGCGAAAAGGAUUUAAUGAAGGCCUGUGGGAAAUAGAAAACAACCCUGGAGUAAAAUUUACUGGAUAUCAGGCAAUUCAGCAACAGAGCUCAUCAGAAACUGAAGGAGAAGGAGGAAAUACAGCAGAUGCCAGCAGUGAGGAGGAAGGCGAUCGGGUAGAGGAGGAUGGAAAAGGAAAAAGAAAGAAUGAAAAAGCCGGCUCAAAACGGAAAAAAUCCUACACUUCAAAGAAAUCCUCCAAGCAGUCACGGAAAUCUCCUGGAGAUGAAGAUGAUAAGGACUGCAAAGAGGAAGAAAAUAAGAGCAGCUCUGAUGCUGGGGACGCAGGCAAUGACACAAGAAACACUUCUUCAGAUUUGCAGAAAACCAGUGAAGGGACUUAACCAACAUAAUGACUGCUGAAUAUUAAGGGAAAACACAAGAAGGUUACAUGUUUGGUUGUCUAAUAUUCUUGGAUUUGAUAUGAGUCACCACAUCUGUUCAUUAGUACCAUCAACAGCAUCCCAGUUUGUAUGCACAUUAUUCACAUUCCUAUCUGUUGUGUUUGCAGAAAUGACAUUUUUACCCUUUUUUCUAAGGGUUACUUUUUGAUUUUCAUACUACUUGGUUGCAUGAAGUUGCCCUUUACCUUUACCUUUGGCUGAGGUUUAUGAAGAUACUUGAACAUGUUUUAGAUUCCUUUUCUAGACAGAAAAGGCAUAACUCUAAAUUAUAUCAUUCUAAAUCAACAUUUUUUUAAACACAACUGAAUCUUAGAAACGAGUCCUGUCCAUACAAUGCUACAAUAUCUUCCACGUACAAACAUGAUUUUAAAUUUCCCUAUAUCCAUACUUUCUUGAUUUUUUGAUCCGUUUACAACAUAAAAGAAAAAUUCUUCAGUUGAGAUCACCUCCAAGUUCAAUAAUGUAAUAAAAUACCUUUCCUUAUUAGAAGUACCUAGCUAGUUAUACUCUUAAUACUUCUCCAAACCAUGAUGUAAUGUACACUAUCUGACUUAGUUCCUAUAUGUGGAGUUAGUGAAAGUCUUUUUGUGUUUCUUUAGAUUAAUACAAGGAUUUUUUCCAAUGCCAACACAAUUUGAAAUCAUUCAUUUGGAUGCUUUCCAUUUUUAAGCUGACUGUGAUAUAGAACCCUAUGGGAAACCAAAACACAACAUCGAUUUUAAACUACGAAAGGCUUAAAAAAGGAUGCUGUCAUUCUGGCUUUUCUUUUCCUUUUGGAAAUAGAACUAGACUAGUAAGUAAGCAUUCCAAAUCCAUUACUCUGUGUACAUUAUUGUUGCUAUUGUGAUAAUAGAGAUUUUUAUUUAUUUUUAUGCCAGCUUUUAUUGUGAAAACAUAUUUAGUCUGGUUUUAUCAAUCCUUGUUAUGCUUGUCUUUGGAACAUCUUUUGCGUAUUCAAGGUUUGUAGUUGAUGAGUUUACUGUAAAAAACUAAAAAAAAAAAAAACCACGAGAAAAAAAAACUUAAAAAACAAAACAAAACAAAAA